CUGGACCAUACACAUCUCCCUCCAGCCGAUCUAAACGAUACAGAUUCCGUGAUGGAUCACAAAUCAUUCAAAGAAUUUUCUCAGGCAAUGUCUGAGUACAUUGCCAAUUACUUGGAAAAUAUAAGGGAGAGGCCUGUCUUACCUACGGUCGAGCCAGGGUACUUAAGGCCAUUAGUACCAGCCAGUGCUCCAGAGUCACCUGAAAAAUGGCAGGAUAUCAUGGAGGAUCUAGAAAGAGUUAUCAUGCCUGGGGUCACCCAUUGGCACUCGCCUAGAUUCCAUGCUUAUUUCCCUACUGCUAAUUCUUACCCUGCCAUUGUGGCUGAUAUGUUGAGUGAUGCUAUCGCUUGCAUAGGCUUUACAUGGAUUGCAUCACCUGCUUGCACUGAGUUGGAAGUUGUUAUGCUUGACUGGCUUGGCAAGUUACUUGAUUUACCUAAAGAAUUCCUUGCUAGUUCUGGUGGAAAAGCUGGUGGUGUAAUACAGGGAACAGCCAGUGAAGCAACACUUGUAGCAUUACUUGGUGCUAAAGCAAAAGCGAUAAGAAAAGCCAAAGCACAGAAUCCAGAAUUGACCGAUUAUGAGAUCAUUUCAAAACUAGUUGGAUAUUGCUCACAACAAGCCCAUUCUUCAGUUGAACGUGCUGGAUUACUGGGAGGGGUUAGAUUAAGGCUUCUAGAUACUGACGAAAGGCACAGACUCAGGGGCGACACUCUCAAAGCUGCCAUUGAAGAAGACAAGAAGGCUGGUCUUAUUCCAUUUUAUGUUGUUGCAACUCUUGGAACUACCAGCUGCUGUUCUUUUGAUGCAUUGGAAGAAAUAGGAGACGUAUGUAAUGCUAGUGAAGUUUGGCUCCAUGUGGAUGCUGCUUAUGCCGGUUCUGCUUUCAUUUGUCCAGAGUUCAGGUACCUCAAUGCUGGUGUUGAGAAAGCUGACUCCUUCAACUUCAACCCUCAUAAAUGGAUGUUGGUCACCUUUGACUGCUCCGCCAUGUGGCUGAAGGACCCAACAGAUGUUAUUGAUGCUUUUAAUGUGGAUCCUCUGUAUCUCAAACAUGAAAUGCAAGGAUCAGCUCCCGAUUAUAGGCAUUGGCAAAUUCCUUUGGGUCGGCGAUUUAGAGCUCUAAAACUGUGGUUCGUAAUGCGCCUUUAUGGUGCUGAAAACCUUCGAGCACAUAUAAGAAAACAGAUAGGACUUGCACAUCUGUUUGAAUCUCUUCUUCUGGAAGAUAGCCGUUUCGAGAUAUUUUCAGAAGUAACCAUGGGACUGGUUUGUUUCAGACUUAAGGGUACAAAUGAAUUGAAUGAACAAUUAUUAAAAAUGAUUAAUGGCCAUGGAAAAAUCCAUUUGGUACCAUCAAAGAUAAAGGGUAGCUACUUUCUUCGUUUGGCAAUUUGCUCAAGGUACACAGAAGAAGAAGACAUUAGGGAAUCAUGGAAAGAAAUUUCCACCUUAGCAUGUAACCUUAACAAUUGAGGCAAGGAUUACAAAAACUGUACCUUCAUUUAAGUACAGUCAUGAUCAACAGCAACUUAAUAACAACAACUCUACAAUCAUCAUUACCUUACAGUUUUAGUAAUUAUAAAAAUAAUUGUAAGAGCAUUUCGUCACUGUAUAAGCAGCAUGGCAUAUCUCAUUUUAAUGAACUUGGGAUUUAUAUACCAUUUUAUUCAAAAUCUCCUAAUGAAUCUAAAAACAGUACAGUUUAGCAAAAUCAAAAUUAAUUUAAUUAAUAA